GUCACGGUGACGCGACUUGUAAUAGGAAGUGGCUCCGCGUUGUGAUUUGACGGAAGAUGCUUGAGAACCGGGAGCUGCUGCUUUCCCAGAGACAGGUGGGUGAAGAUGAGACCAUGGUCCCGGUACUAACCUCCAGAAAAGCCAGCGAACUCCCGGUCCACGAAGUCGUGUGUGUCCUGCAGGCCGACCUGCAGCGGGGCCUGAGCCCGGAGGAGGUGAGCAGGAGGCGGAGCUACCACGGCUGGAACGAGUUCGACAUCAGUGAGGAGGAGCCGCUAUGGAGGAAGUACCUCUCCCAGUUCAAAGACCCUCUGAUCCUGCUGCUGCUGGCGUCGGCCGUCAUCAGCGUCCUCAUGCGCCAGUUUGAUGACGCCAUCAGCAUCACUGUGGCCAUCAUCAUAGUCGUGACUGUAGCUUUUGUCCAGGAGUACCGGUCAGAGAAGUCUCUAGAGGAGUUGGGGAAGUUGGUGCCUCCAGAAUGUCACUGUGUGAGGGACGGCCUCCUGCAGCAGCUCCUGGCCAGAGAGCUGGUUCCUGGAGACACCGUGUGUCUGUCAGUGGGGGACAGAGUCCCAGCUGACCUGAGGCUGGUGGAGGCCUGUGACCUGUGUGUGGACGAGUCCAGCCUCACCGGGGAGACGUCCCCCAGCUCCAAGUCCACUGGCCAGCAGGCGUCCUCCAGCGGAGACAUCGCCACCUGCUGCAACCUGGCCUUCAUGGGGACCCUGGUGCGCUGCGGCAGGGCCAAGGGCAUCGUCAUCGGGACCGGAGAGCACUCUGAGUUUGGGGAGGUCUUCAAGAUGAUGCAAGCAGAGGAGGCUCCUAAGACCCCGCUACAGAAGAGCAUGGACCUGCUGGGCAAGCAGCUGUCGCUCUACUCCUUUGGCAUCAUAGGGGUCAUCAUGCUGAUGGGAUGGCUGCAGGGGAAGAGGAUCCUGGACAUGUUCACUAUCGGAGUCAGUCUGGCGGUCGCUGCCAUCCCGGAGGGUUUACCCAUCGUGGUGACGGUGACGCUGGCACUCGGUGUGAUGCGCAUGGUGAAGAAAAGAGCCAUCAUCAAAAAGCUUCCCAUCGUAGAAACUCUGGGCUGCUGUAACGUGAUCUGUUCAGACAAGACGGGAACGCUGACCAAGAACGAGAUGACCGUCACGCAGCUGUUCACGUCGGAUGGACUCCACGCCGAGGUGUCGGGCGUGGGCUACAAUGGAGCAGGGGAAGUCCUCCUGGACGGAGACGUCGUCCACGGCUUCUCCUGUCCGUCCAUUAGCAAGGUCGUUGAGGUGGGCUGUGUCUGCAACGACUCGGUCAUCAGGAAUCACAAUUUGUUGGGACGACCAACAGAGGGAGCGCUCAUCGCCCUCGCCAUGAAGAUGGGUCUGGAGAGCCUGCAGCAGGAGUACGUCCGUCUGGAGGAGUGUCCCUUCACCUCGGAGCAGAAGUGGAUGUCUGUGCGCUGCGUCCACCGCACGCUGCAGGAUAAACCCGGAGUGUUGUUCAUGAAGGGAGCGUACGAGCAGGUGAUGCUCUGCAGCUCCUACAACAGCAGAGGGAGCGCGCUGUCUCUGAGCCACCAGCAGAGGGAGCUGUACCAGCAGCAGACCAGCUACAUGGGCUCUGCGGGGCUCAGAGUUCUGGCCUUUGCCUCCGGGUCUGUGAUGGGGGACCUGGUCUUCGUGGGUCUGGUGGGCAUCAUGGACCCCCCCAGGUCGGGGGUCAAGGAGGCCGUGGGGAUGCUCAUCGGCUCUGGAGUGGCCAUCAAGAUGAUCACGGGAGACUCCAAGGAGACGGCCGUGUCCAUCGCCAGUCGUCUGGGUCUGUUCUCUAAAGGCUCUCAGUCGUUGUCUGGAGACGAGGUCGACCAGCUGGACCUGCAGCACCUGUCUCACAUCGUCCCCAGAGCAACACCGGGGUCCAACCACGGUCAGAGGUCGACGCGUAGGACAGCAUCAUCACCCGCGGGCCUGCUGGGCAAGGUGCUGAGUGUUGCCACGGUCAUCGCCUGUGGGACGCUGCUGUUUCUGCCUUCUGGAGGGAGCCUUCGUGGCGGGGAGCUGGCCACCUUUGGCCUUCAGUUGUUGUUUGGACAUGAAUUGAACUUUAAUCCAAUAACAGGCGGACAUGUUGGACAUUGGAUCAGCUGCUCAAUAUCGGUCCUGAUCUCUGGUUCUGGUCCUCCUCAGACCCGUAUGGUCCAUGAACUGGGUCUGUGCAGCAACAGGACCUUCUGCUAUGCCGUGCUGGCCUCCAUCAUGGGGCAGCUGCUCGUCAUCUACUUUCCUCCACUGCAGAACGUGUUCCAGACGGAGAGCCUCAGCGUCUUUGACCUGCUGUUCCUCGUGACCCUGACCUCCUCGGUGUGUCUGGUUUCUGAGGCCAUAAAGCUGAUGGAGAGGUGGAGGGGAGUCGAGAGGAGUCCACCCUCCGACUGCUUCCACGAGGUAUGACCUCCCACACACCCUCUCUGAAGGACUCUGAGGAGGAUGAGUGCUGUGGUUCAUUGAGACUCUGGUCUGGGACCAGUGGAAGCUCCCGGCUUCACCUGGUGGAUCUGAGCCAGCAUCGGGGUCCCCGGCUGCCGCUGGGUGUAGAUAUCGACUCUCUGGAGAAACCCCCUCAUCUCCCGGUCUUCAGGACCGGCUCUCUGGAGGAACCCUGUGGAGAGUCGUGUGCAAUUGUUCUUUUUUAUUCCCGUGGUGAUGAGGUGUCGACCACUAAAGCCUGCUUUGGCUCCUCUUGGUUAUGGUUUAGUGUGAUGGAGGUGCUUCAGGACUCCUGAAGGACUAUUAAUCCAGAACCUUGAGUUCUAUGUGGAGCGUUGCAGACAAACGGAUUUACAACGAGCUACAAUCACAAAUGGACUAUCUGACCAUGUGAAGUCUGUUUUACACUUUAUUGUGAUUGUUUUGACUAUAAUCAAUAUUAUUACUACACCAGCCUUGUUUAAGAGUAGACUGCAAUGUCAUUCUGGCAUUAAUUAUACUUUCACUUUCGUUCCUUCAGGCUUGUUUGAUGUUCUCAUUCUGUCCUUGAUUGAUUGAUUGAUCGUCUCCUGGAGUUCACGUGAAACAUGGAGCUUGCUUUUUGUUUUCGUUUGCUAAUCAAAGAUGCUAAUGUUUGUGACACAAGCUGGCUAACCUGAUUAGCAUUAAUUAGCUCACAAGUCUGUUUGUUUGAUAUCAUGAUGAUUGUUGUUGUUAAAUUAUUUAAAUCACAAGUCAAAUGGAGAACGUCAGCAGAUCCUUUUUAGUUUACUUUGGACCAAAUGAACUGCCGAGGUGUUCUGUACCUGUUCCUGCUUUAAUAAACAAACUCUUUAGUGA